AUGCGGAAAUUUAUCUUAACCUCGGCGAUUGCUGGUACAUCCUUUAUUUGUGGGACUCAGUUUGACUCUAGUUAUAUAACUGGAUUAUUCGCUCGAGAUGGGCAUGCAGCGACAGCCCUGGUGUCAUCGCCGCCUUCUCUUGCAGUACCUAGUUCAACGACCGAAUUAAAACAACAGGAAGCUUGGAAAUUACCAUCGAGAUCCUCGGAGAUUAUGAAGUUUGGAUAUCCCGGGUAUGAUAAUCUCAGAACAUACGAUGAUUUUGUUUUGUCGUAUGACAGGAAGACAAGGACCGCCCAUUGGGUUCAAGAACACCUCACCCCGGAUCGGCUGGAGUACGAUCCAUCGGUAGAUCGUUCAAAGUGCACCUUCAAACCAGAUGAGACGAUCCAUCCGUUUUUCAGAUCGUUGAAUGAGGAUUACUUUGUAUGAGAAAACACGUUUUAAAGACAGAUCAAGUGCUGAAAUUUAUUUUUCAUAUAAGAGGGGUUCCGGGUAAAUUCAAAUUUUUUCGACCAUGAUGCUCGGCCACGCUUUCCGGCCAUGGUAAUUUUUUUCUUCUGCACUGUACAAGGCGCACAAUAAGCAAAAACUACGCGAGAUACGAAUGUUUCUUUCCGUUGUACCGUUCGGGACACGUGUUAUCCUGUCUUGAACUCUGUAAGUUGCGGGACAUAAAAGUUGGUACGGCCGAAACGGGUGGCUGAGCAUCAUGUCCGAAAAAAAUUUGAAUUUACCCGGAACCUCUCUUAUAACUAUUCCUACGAACUGACUAAUGACAUCGUUUACAGAGGUCGGGCUAUGAUCGGGGACAUCUGGCUCCUGCCGGAAAUCAUCGGAGAACCCAAGCAGCCAUAGAUCAGACAUUCUUCUUGACCAACAUGUCCCCACAGGUGGGCAAGGGUUUCAAUCGAGAUAAGUGGAAUGAUGUCGAAAAGCAUGUAAGAAGGCAAGCAAGAAAGAACCCCAACGUCUAUAUUGUUACUGGGCCGUUAUAUUUGCCAAAACAGGAGGCAGAUGGAAACCUUUAUGUCAAAUACAAGGUGAGUUUAGAUGUUCACGAUUGAAUCACGGUAAUUUGCGGAAAUGUUCAGGUCAUUGGGAAGAACCACGUUGCUGUUCCUACGCACUUCUUCAAGGUGGCGUUGAUCGAGACCUCACCAGAGAAGUAUGAAUUGGAAUGUUAUUUGCUUCCGAAUGAGGUAUGGUUCACAUAAAAAGUGAUUCGGCUUUCCAGGCAAUCCCAAACGAGAAACCCAUCUCUGACUUCUUCGUCCCUCUAGAUGCGAUAGAAAGAGCUGCAGGAAUACUAAUCUUUGAAAGAUUACCCAAGAAUAAGAUCAUCAAAACUAAUGGAAAGAAAUCUGGAUGGUUCUGA